AUGUCUAAAUCCAAUUCUACUACCGCCGGUAAAUCCGUUUUGCCAUUGGACCACGAACUAGCGGUCCAAAAUUCUGAAUAUUGGCAACAAAUCAAAAGACUGUCGGCGGAAAAUCUUGAGCUAAAGGCCAAGUUGGCUGCGUUGGCCGCAUCACGUAACACGCCACCCGAGGCCGACGCUCGCCAAAAUUCACAGAUCAGUGAAAAUCAAUAUCCGGGGAAGAAGGCGAAGGUUGUUCAUAUCGUCAAUGUCGAAGACAAGCCAGUAUCACUUGAAGCCUCUGAAUCGAACGACUUUCCCAACAAGGGAAGAACGCGUAACCUUCAACCUGGGCUGCCACCAUCGGAAACUGAGGCGGUAAUGAAACCGGCACUUCCCAUGGGCCCAGACUCUGAAGGUCCUCAUGAGAGUAAAACAGAUAUCGAUUUCAAAAAGAUCGUGAAUAUUGUUUCAGAUGAAGGCAAUGUGACAUUGGCCGAGGAGCUUGCUGCCCGUCCCGGCUCCGAAUUGAUUCAUUUGCGGGCAGGCUCUCCAGAUGGAGACAACUCUUCAGCAGUGCAAAGGUCGAUAAAGGAGGCAAUAUUCGACAAAGAAAAAAAAGCAUUGACAGCCAAAAUGAUGACGUACAUCAAACUUGGGAGUGCAACACUCCUGAUGCUCCAUCUUGUCCAAACAUAUGUUGCCUGCCGCCGGGAACGGGGGAGAUGGCUUCAAGCGAACAAUCUAUCGCGAACGCAACUUUUUGGCAUCUUACACUACGAUGCCUCAUUGCUUGUUGCACCUGGAGUCAACCCUGACUUAGCUCUUGGCGUACAAGAUAUUUGGGAUAUUUUGCAGGUGAUACAGGCUAUUGUUUGGAGCUAUCUUAAAAGCUUGACACUGUCCUUCGGUGCUUCACGUCUUUAG